AUGGAAAAUCGAGGGCUAUUCGGCGCCCUGUCUUACUUGAUGCUUAAUGCUCCUUUGCUGCUCCUAGUACAGGCUACAUUUACCGAAGUUCCUAAAGAUGUGACGGUUAGGGAGGGAGAUGAUAUUGAGAUGCCUUGUGCUUUUCGGGCCAGUGGAUCUGCCUCUUACUCCUUGGAAAUCCAAUGGUGGUACCUUAAGGAAUCAGCACGAGAGCUCCCACACGAGGUAGCCAUCAGUGGCCCCGGCAGCAGAAGCAAGGUAACCAGUAAAGAUGCAACUAAAAUCAGCACGGUGCGCGUCCAGGGCAAUGACAUUUCGCACCGGCUGCGGCUGUCGGGGGUCCGGCGGCAGGACGAGGGCAUCUACGAGUGCCGGGUGUCGGACUACAGCGACGAAGACACGCAGGAGCAUAAAGCCCAGGCGGCGUUGCGGGUCCUGGCGCCUUUCUCGCCUCCCGACGUGCAGGCGGCCGAAGCCGUCUCGCACAUCCAGAGCAGCGGCCCGCGGAGAAGCAGCCCGCCCGGGCGAGCCACGGCCGAGCCGGGUCUGGGAAACAAGCGCCUCCUCCCGGCGCAAGGCGAAACUGCCGCUGCGGCCGCCGCUUCCUCUUCCCUCUCUUCCUCCUCCUCCUCCUCCUCUUCUUCUUCCUCGGCGUCUUCGGCGUCCGCCGCCGCCUCUUCCUCUUCUUCCAGCCCCGCGACCGUGGCGGCGGCGGCGGCGGCAGCAGCAGCCUCGUCAGCCUCGCCUCGGCCGGCCUCCGCGAUGGUCCUCCCGCAGCAGCGAGGAUCAGGUAGGUGGAGCCGCAGCGACACCCGGCGGGGAGUGGCGGAAGCGCAUGGAGCUGUCCGUGGUGCUGAGCGCCGGCUUGACUGGACAGCCCAAAAGGCGUAA